UGUCUGUAGGGAAACCCCGCCCUAUUUUACCUUACAUGGCUAUUGUAGGGUGUCUUGAUUGACAGCGUGUAGCAGCUGCUCAGCUGCCAAGACAUGGCGGAGGGUGCAGUUUGAGUGGGGGACGCACAGAGAGUUACUGUAGUUUUGUAUCAGUUGAGGUGCCACGGAGCAUUAUCAAUGGCCAAGAGCAAACCGUAAACAAGCCUGGCCGUGCUCUCAGUUAAACUGCAGGAGAAAAUGGACGAAGUUGCGAGACGUAAGUAAGCUGGGGAAAUGUAUCGCUGUUCAGUGCUGUCAACAGCCUUGGGCAACAAAUAUGGCUUCUUGUGCCUUUUUGUGUAUAUACUAAAAAUCUGGCGCGCUGUGCCAUUCUAUACAAUGGCUGAGGUGUCGGAAAUCCACAAGUGACCGGAAAGAAGAAAGUUCUUGCUUCGUUAUCGGUUCGUUUUAAAAUUAGAGGCGAGGCUAGGGUUGCUAUCGAUAGCACGCUAGCUGCUUAGCCAAGGAACUACACGAACUGCAAUGGAGCCAAAGCACAAAGAGUUGUUAGACCAAUGCCACCAGAACUUACUAAAGUCCAUCACCGACGCGGACAGGUUGAUAGAGUUACUGACUAAAUCCGGUACUCUCAGCCAACGGGAUAGGUACGAGUUGGAUCAGAACUGCUCAUCUAGCACCGAGAAAGUGGAACAGCUUUUGAAGAUGCUGAUGAACAAGGAGAGUGACCAUUUCCUGGACCUGUGCGUGGCACUGGAGAAGACCUACCCUCACCUGUACUCUGCCCUCUUCACCAAUGGGGGUGGACCUGCCGUGGACCAUUCUGGGUCCACCAACAGUGUGCUGUCCACCAUGCCAUCCGACUCGGAGAGCAGCAGUUCCCUUAGUAGCGUGGAUACGCCGCCGCCAUCGCUGCCAUCGUGUAAAGCCUCGUCUCCUCCGCCCGCCCUCAAUGACAACCGGCAGCCCAGCGAGAGCCUGGACACGGUCCUGUUCCAGCUGAGGCAGGUGACCCGCGAGCGGGACGAGCUACGCAAGCGCCUGGCCCUCUCCUCCCCUGGCACCACCUUCGACGACUGCAGGCCCAAUUCCAAAGCGAGCCAUGACUACGAGCGGCUAAAGGCCCAGUGCAUGAAGGCCAUGGGCGACCUGCAGGCCCUGCAGAACCAACACACCAAGACCCUCAAGCGCUGUGAGGAAGCCGCCAAGGAGGCCGACUUCUACCACAUGCUGCACAGUCGUGUGCUGAGCGAGCAGGCGCAGCUGAAGGAGGAGCUGGAGCUGGUGAAGAGGGAGAACGGGGCGCUGGUGCGCGAACACAACCACCUGCAGCAGAGCUGCGAGGAGCUCAAGAGGCUGCACUCAGAGGACCAGAAGGAGGUGGCCGAUAUGAGACUGCAGCAGCAACAGGUCAUGCGUGAGAACGGCUCUUCAGAGGUGCUGAAUAAGCUGUACGACACGGCCAUGGACAAGCUGGAGGCGCUGAGGAAGGAGUACGACGGCCUGAGCCAGCGCUACGGCGAGCUGAUGGCCAGCCACAACACGGACACAGGCCGCCUGGAGCAGAGCGAGGAGGAGCGCCGACGGCUGCAGAAGCAGAUGGACGCCCUGAUGAAGCAGCGCGACACGGCCAUCCACUACCAGCAGCAGUGCUCCACCUCCAUGAGAAGGUUCGACUCGAUGCAGCAGGAGCUGAACAAGUCGUCAUCCCAGAACAAGGAGCUGCAGCGGGAGAUGGAGCGACUGCAGGCGGAGGUCACGCGCUGCAAGAACUUCCAGCUGAAGGCCGCCAAAGACGUGGAGAAGUUCAAGGAAGAGCGUGACUCUGUCUUCAACGAGUACCGGCUCAUUAUGAGCGAGCGCGACCAGAUGAUCAAGGAGGGGGAGAAGCUGCAGACGGAGCUGGAGGCGGCGCAGGCACGGCUGAAGAACACCUCCUCCGAGAGGAUGGUGGCCAGCGAGGAGCUGGAGGCCCUCAGACAGGAGCUGAACUCGUCGCUGGUGGAGCGCGACCGGGCGAUCUGCGAGCGUAACGAGCUGCUGGAGAAGUACUGUUACGAGGUGAAGGACAAGGCGGAGGCCCAGAAGGAGCUGAGCCAGGCCUGCAAGGACAUCGAGACGGUGCGCGAGGAGAGAGAUGUGGCCCGCAAGGAGCGCACCGAGGCCAUCAUCCAGCGAGACCAGCUGCUCAGGGAGUACUACCAGGCGCGACAGAAACAGGACUCGGCCACCCUGGACAUGGAGCGGGCCACCAAGGAGAUAGACAUGCUGCGCAAGCAGUGCGAGGCCAUGAGCCAGGAGCUGAAGGAGGCGGCGCAGGAGGCUGAGGUGGCCAAGUGCCGCCGGGACUGGGCCUUCCAGGAGCGCGACAAGAUCGUGGCCGAGAGAGAGAGCAUACGGACCCUGUGUGAUAACCUACGCAGAGAGAGAGACCGCGCCGUCAGUGACCUUGCCGAUGCCCUCCGCAACCUGGACGACAUGAGGAAGCAGAAGAACGACAUCUGCAGGGAGCUCAAGGAGCUGAAAGAGAAGGUGGAGAGCCAGCUGGACAAGGAGGCUCACUUCUGCCAGCUGAUGGCUCACAACUCCCACGACUCGGCCAUCGACACCGACUCCCUGGAGUGGGAGACUGAGGUGGUGGAGUUCGAGAAGGACCGGGAUGACAUGGACCUCAAGGCCCUUGGGUUUGACAUCGCCGAGGGGAUAAACGAUCCCUACAUACCGGGAGACUGCGGGAUAUUUGUGACGAGGGUGGACAAGGGAAGCAUCGCCGACGGGAGGCUAAGGGUGAACGACUGGCUGCUGAAGAUCAACGACGUGGACCUGGUCAACAAGGACAGGAAGCAGGCGGUGAAGGUGGUGCUGGCGGCCGGCGGCCUGCUCAACAUGCUGGUGCGGCGCAGGAAGUCCCUGGGAGGACGUCUGGUCACCCCCGUGCACAUCAAUCUCGCCGGACACAAGGACUGUGGUAUCGUGCUGGAAGGUGGUGUGUAUGUGACCAAUAUCGUGUCGGGGAGUCCGGCUGCACGGGAGGGUUCCCUGACUGCAGGAGACCGCCUCAUCGCUAUAAAUGGCAUCGCGCUAGAUAACAAAUCACUGACUGAAUGCGAGGCUUUGCUGAGGAGCUGCAGGGACUCACUCAGUCUCUCCCUCAUGAAGUUCUUUCCCCAGAGCUCCUCCGGUCAAAACAUCUUUGAGAGCCUGCGGGAGGUGGAGAAGUGCGGCGGCGGGCGUCCGCUCGAGGUGCACUCACGCAACAGCCGCAACCUCAAGCACAACAGCAGCUCCACGCAGACCGACAUCUACAGCGGCGGCGGCGAGGGGUUGAGCGUGAAUGCCAUCAACGCCAACCACCGAUCGAAGACGCCGCGGCCCGACGGCGGCGACGAGAUGAUGAUGCCUCCUUUCCCGCCUCCCCCGCCCUUCCCGUCGGAGAGCCGUAACAGCAAGGCGGCCUUCACCUCCUCCAACACGGUGCACCCCAACCAGCUGCGGCCGUCCUCGGAGCUGGGCCUGCCGCGCUACCCCAGCGCCUUCCAGGAGUGCUGCUACGCCCCCCACCUGGAGCCCAGCGGCCCCGCCUCCUCCGACUGCGUCACCCUGGAGACCACGCUGGAGCGCAGCGGCAAACACAGCGGCGGCACCUGGCCCAAGAUGGUGGUGGCCGCCGGCAGCCCCCUCACCGUCUCGUCCGACGCCCCCCCGGCCCAGCUGUCCAUCUUCAAGUCGCCCAAGCAGAGGAAGCCCAUUUUCGACGAGGUCUUCAAGUGCUCCUCGCCCAUCGUGGACAUGACCACCUCCUCCGCCUCCAGGCUGGACUUCCGGGCCACCUCCCCUCCCCUGCCCCUGCUCCCGCUGCCCCUGCCCUUGCCUUUGCCUCCGCCACCCCCUCCCCCAGUAGCCUCGCUAACCUCCAUCCACUCCCCGCAGCCCUCCAAGCUGGAGCCGCCUCCCCUGCCCCCCAUGCCGCCCACCCGCAACGACUCCUUCAAGUUCAAGCACAAGCCUCAGGGGAGCUCGGCCUCCGACUCCACCAUCACGGAGGCCUCCAAGGCGGGGGAUGAGCGCUGCCUCAGCCUCAGCCUGAGCAUCAGCGGCGGCGGUGGUGGCGGUGGCGGUCUGCACAGCUUCAGCGAGGCCAAGCCCCUGGCGUCGCGCAAGUCUUGUGAGGAGGACAUUGGGCGGCAGAGGGCCGAGGAGCCGGAGGUGAAGCGGCCGAGGCCCAAGUCCGCGCCGGCGCUGCGCCGCAGGAUGACGCCCCAGACCAUCGCCCUGCCCAGCUAUCAGAGCUACUCCUGUGAUGACCACUCCCCCAACCGGCACCGGCACAGUGUUGGCUUUAUGCCCACCAUCUACGGCAAUGGCACUCUCCCUCCCAACUCGGUACAUCGCGGGAUGGCUCCGUGCCCGGCCAUCACGGCCGUCAUGAGGAACCCGGUCUACACAGUGCGAAGCCACCGGGUCCACACCAGUAACUGCUCCUCAGUGGCCAGCCAAAUCAGCCAGCAGCAGCAGCAGCAGCAGCAGCAGCACUCACAUCCCAGUCCCCAGCACCAAGGGCGUCUGAGCCUGGACCUGAGCCAGAGCCGAGAGAGGCCGAGUGGCCACUCGCUCCCGGCAGAGCCCUCGGAGUCUUCGACCCGCAGCAGCCGAUCCUCCUCCUCCCACGGCACCAACUCCCUCCCCUCCAGCGCACGCCUCGGUUCAGCAAAUAAUGUCCAGUAUCGCACUGAAAGGAUAAAGAUCCCAUCCACCCCCAGAUACCCGCGCUCCAUGCUUGGGUCUGACCGAGGCUCCCUGUCCCACUCGGAGUGUAGCAGUCCCAGCCUGAUCACACCGCCGCUCUCCCCCCUCAACCUGGAGACCUCAUCCUUCACCAGCAGCCAGUCACAGGGCUCCAUCGCCACCCUGCCCCGCAUCUCCGUCAGCCCCGUGCCCACCAUGGAACGACGGAAAGACCGGCCGUACCUGGAGGAGCCGCGGAACGUGAUCGUGACCAAGGGCACCGAGCCCCUGGGCAUCUCCAUCGUCGGCGGCGACAACGGCGGCAUCUUCGUCUCCAAGGUGACCAGCAACAGCAUCGCGCAGCAGGCGGGGCUGGAGUAUGGGGACCAGCUGCUGGAGUAUAAUGGCAUUAAUCUGCGUAACGCCACGGAGCAGCAGGCGCGGCUCAUCAUUGGCCAGCAGUGUGACACCAUCACCAUCAUGGCCCAGUACAACCCUCACAUGCACCAGCUGGGCAGUCACUCCCGCUCCAGCUCUCGUCUGGAGCCCAUCAACACGCAGCCGUCAUCGGUGGUGGUGCCCCAGGGCAGCGGUGCCACCACCCCCGACAACCACUCCACCAUCGACACCCUGAGCGAGCAGGACGAGGGCACGCUCACGCCCUCCUCCAAACACACCACCCCCACCACCAGCCCCCACACCCACGUCAGGAUGUCGUCGGAUGUUUCCAGAAAGAUUCCGGAGCCGCGGGUGGUGACGGUGUGGCGGGGGCAGGCGGACCUCGGGGUACAGAUCGUCGGGGGUCUCCUGAAGGGAGUCUUUGUGGAGGGGCUGGAGGACGACAGUCCGGCAGCACACGGCCCAGACGGGCUCAUGGCUGGAGACAUGCUUCUAGAGUACUGUUCGGUGUCCAUGAAGAACAAGACGGCCGAGGAGGCCUACCUGGAGAUGCUGAAGCCGGCCGAGAGUGUUACCUUCAAAGUCCAGCAGCGCCUGGACCUGUUCAACGCACUAAAAGACACUCCCGGAGAAGGAUUCUAUAUCAGAGCACUUUAUGAUCGGACAGGGGAGUCGGAGCUGGACCUGUCGUUUAAAAAGGAUGACAUCCUCUACGUGGAUGACACACUACCAAAGGGCAACUUUGGCACUUGGAUGGCCUGGCAACUUGACGAAAAUGCACAAACCAUGCAACGGGGUCAGAUCCCCAGUAAAUACAUGAUGGAUCAGGAGUUCUAUCGCAGACACAGUAUGACUGACAUGAAGGAUGAGAACGGCUCGAGUAAAACUCUGUCGGCGGCGGCCAGGCGCUCCUUCUUCCGGCGAAAGCAGAAGCACAAGCGCAGCAGCUCCAAAGAUGGCAAGGAGCCAGUGGCCCUGGACGCCAUCAGCACUGACUCCAUCCCAUUUCUGGAGGACUAUGUGAGCCUGGCCUACCAGCGGGUCCAGAAGGUGGAGUGUGCCUCUCCCCGGCCCGUUCUCAUCCUGGGGCCGCUGCUGGACCCAGUCAAGGACAUGCUGGUCAAAGAGUCUCCGGGGAAAUUCUGCAGAUGCGUGCUUGAGGUUAUGAAGGCGUCUCAGCAAGCGAUUGAGCGCGGUGUCAAAGACUGCCUGUUCAUCGACUACAAGAGGCGUAGCGGCCACUUUGAUGUGACCACCGUGGCCUCCAUUAAGGAAAUGACAGAGAAGGACUCUCACUGUUUGCUUGACAUUGCACCUCACGCCAUCGAGCGGCUUCACAACGUUCACAUAUAUCCAAUCGUCAUUUUCAUUCGCUACAAAAAUGCAAAGCAGAUAAAGGAACAAAAGGAUCCAGUGUAUCUGCGGGAUAAAGUCUCUCAAAAACAUUCCAAGGAGCAGUUUGAAGUCGCACAGAAGGUUGAGCAGGAGUAUAGCAAAUUCUUUACAGGUAUUGUCCAAGGAGGCACUCUGCCCUACAUUUGCACUCAGAUCACAACUAUAGUUGAUCAGGAACAGAGCAAAGUUCUGUGGACUCCUCUGGGCCCCACGUAGAGCUCUGAGAAGGCCCUGGAGGCUCCCUGCCUUUCAUCUGUGGUCACACGCGCACGCACGCACACACACACACACACUACACACUACACACUACACAAACACUGUCUCAAAUCCACAUAUGUGCACAGACUCUUAAAAAAUAUAUACAUUCUUUAAAAAAAGGUACACUAAAACCAACACUACAUUUA